AUGACUAAAAUUUUAUUAAUAGGAUUAUUUUUUUUAUUUUUAAAUAUAGUAUUAGCAAAGAGCAAAUCAAGAGGUAAUGAAUCAAUAGUGCACACAGAGUUUGGAUCUAUUCAAGGCAUUGUUCAUGAUACCAAUCGUGUCUUCUAUGGUAUUCCAUUCGCACAACCACCAACUGGUGAACUAAGAUGGAGGGACCCAGUCGACCCAAUGCCAUGGCCAAAUAUUAGGGAUGCUACUAAACAAACACCAGAAUGUGCUCAAAUAUGUAAUCUUGGUCCAGAGGCUUGCUUAUAUAUUGGUGUGUCUGAAGACUGUCUAUAUUUAGACGUGUUUGCACCAAAAGAUUCUAAUCCAAAUACAAAAUACCCAGUUGUUGUUUUCAUUCCAGGUGGUGCCUUUUCUUUUGUUUGGUUUUUAGGUUCUGGUUCUUUUCCAAUUUAUGAUGGUACAAAAUUGUCCCAAUCUAAUGUUAUCUUGGUUAAUAUUAAUUAUAGGUUAGGUACAUUUGGUUUCUUAGGAACAGAUUUAUUGCAUGGAAAUUUUGGUUUUUUAGAUCAAGUUAAAGCAUUGGAGUGGGUAAAUAAAAAUAUUGGCGCAUUUGGUGGAAACAAAAAUAUGGUAACUCUAUGGGGUGAAUCAGCUGGUGCUUUUAGUGUUGCCACACAUUUAACUUCAAAAUACUCAAGACCAUAUUUUAAUGCUGCAAUUUCAUUUUCAUCACCCUUAACUGUUGGUCUUAAAGAUAAAGUUUCAGCUAAAAAAUUUGCUCAGAUAUUUUCUCAAAACAUAUCAUGUAAUAUCGACGAUUUGGAUUGCCUUCGUAAUAAAACAAUGGAUCAGGUCUUGAAUGCUCAAGUGUCCGUUGCAUACACAUUGUUAGACCCACUUGACACUUUUACUAUUUGGUCCCCAGUUAUUGAUGGCGAUAUUAUUCCCACCCAACCUUUAGUAGCAGCCAGGGAUGGAGAGGCUUAUGAUGUUCCAUUAAUUAUUGGAAGUGUUAAAGACGAAGCGGUUCCAUUUGUUUAUGCAUUUUCAAGAAAAGUACUCAAAUCUGAAGAAUAUAAAUACCUUAUCAGAGGUGUAUUUCCAUCACAAUAUUUAAACAUUCUCUCAAUAUAUCCAGCUGGACCAACUGAACAAGAUAAUAGACCAAUACUUUCUCAAUUAUUAACAGAUUAUUUAUUCCGUUGUCAAGAUAGAUAUUAUCUUAAUAGAAUUGUUGCUAAUCAUAAGUCACCAGUGUAUCAUUACCAAUAUGUUCAUAUAAAACCAAACGGUGACACCUUGGAACACUGCGAUGGUAAAGUGUGUCAUGGCUCAGAGCUUUCAAUAUUCUUCAACAGUUAUAAUCUAACCAGAGAAAACCUGAAUCAGGACGAAAGAGAGUUAGGAAUUCAUCUCAAUAGUUAUAUAGUCAAUUUUGCAACCAAUCACAACCCAAACAAGGGUCUUUUUAUACCAGUCGAAUGGACCCAAGUUACCAAAACCAGAAAUUCAACUUUAAUUAUUGAUAUUAAUUCAACAAUAAGAGACAUCACAACAAAUGAUUCAAAAUGUGAUGCCAUAGAUAAAACCUUUUAUAGAAAUCAAAUUUAA